AUGACUGCUGGCGUAGUGCUUGAAACCGUGGUGGUUGAGCCUGUUGUGGUGCUUGAAGCUGGUGUGGUGGUUGAGAGUGUGGUGGUUGAGAGUGUGGUGGUUGAGGCCGUGGUGGUUGAACCUGAAGUGGUGCUUGAAGCUGGUGUGGUGCUUGAGACCGUGGUGGUUGAACCCGAGGUGGUGCUUGAGGCUGGCAUAGUGCUGGAGACCGUGGUGCUUGAACCUGGUGUGGUUGAGGCCGUGGUGCUCGUGGUGCUCGAAGCCGGCGUGCUGGUUGUGGUGCCACUGGUUGAUGACGGGACAACUGUGGUGGAAACCGUCGAGCUAGUGCUUCCUGUAGUCGUGGGUGUUACGGACGUUGUGCUCGACGAAGUGCUGCCCCUAGUGGUAGUGCUGCCUGAUGAUGUUGUGCUCGUUGACAGUGUUGAGGCUGUUGAGGUCGUUCUCGCUACAGUGCUGGUCGAGAGUGUAGUACUGGAAGAAGUGCUCGCAGUGCCAGACGUCGUUGUUGUCGUGCUGGGUGAAGCCGUGGUACUGGUUGAGACUGUGGUGGUAGUAGAGACUCCGGUACUGCUAGAUGGCGUGGUAGAAGUCGACGCCGUGGUACUGGGCGAGACUGUAGUACUGGUAGAGAACGUGCUGCUGGUUGAAGCCGUGGUACUAGGAGAGGUUGUAGUACUGGUUGAAACUGUGCUACUUGUCGACGGCGUUGGCGUGGUCGAGACCGUGGUGCUAGUCGAAGUCGUGGUACUCGGCGAGGUUGUAGUACUCGAUGUAUCCGUGGUCGUGGUAGUGCUUGUAGAGCCUGUGCUGGUGGUCGAGACGGUUGUGGUGGCAGACGAAGUUGUGGUCGACGCUGUCGUUGUAGUGCUGGGCGACGCUGAGGUAGUUGAGACGCUGCUAGUGGAGCCUGAAGUACUAGGGACUGUCGGUGUGGUGCUGAGCGUGGUUGAGGUGGUCGAGCCUGUGGUGCUACCAGAAGUCGUCGUACUGCUGCUAGCCGUCGUAGUGCUGGUUGAGGUUGCCACACUGCUUGAGACCGUAGUACUGCUCAACGAUGUUGUAGUGCUCGGCGUUGUCAACACAGUCGAGGAUGUCGUCGUCGUAGUGCUGGCAGAGCCCGUGGUGCUCGUUGACACGAUUGUGGUGGUGGGUGUCGUUGCACUUGUCGUUACACUCGUUGUAGUACUGGGCGUUGCACUCGUUGAGACUGAGGUGCUCGUAGACGUCGUUAGAGUGCUGGAGGUCGUUGCAAUACUGGACGAUGUCGUACUGUCAGAUGUUGUUGUAGCGCUAGGCGAUGUUGUAGUGCUGGGUACGGUCCUAGUGCUGCUGAAAGUGGUUGGAAUGCUUGUAGACGUUGUGCUGCUAGUUGAAACACUUGUGCCAGAGGUAGUUGACCCUGUGGAAGUUGGCGAAGUGCUGGCAGACGUCGAAGUAGUACUAGAUUCCGCUGGGGUUGUUGUGACUGUCGUCGUGCUGCUUGACUCAGUUGUAGUGGUCGAGGUAGUUGUGGCACUGGACGAUGUCGACAAAGUGGAAGUGGUAGUACUGCUAGACGUCGAAGUGCUGCUAGUAGAAGGCGUAGUAACCGUGGACAUUGUCGUGCUGCUGGUAGAAGGCGUCGUGGUUGAAGAUACCGUAGUAGACGUCGUUGUGCUAGUACUGCUAAUUGUCGUUGGGGUACUGGUUGACAGCGUAGUAGAGGCAGAUGUUGUUGAUUGCGUGGUUGCGCCUGUCGUAGUCACAGUAGUUGUGGUGGUCUCACUCGUUGACGCUGAAGUGGUGCUCGUCCCUGGCACGGUUGUUGACGAAGUCUGGCUCACAGUUGUGGAGGCCGACGUAGUGCUAGAGCUUGACGUAGUGCCGGAAGUCGUUGUCAAGCUGGAGCUGGUCGAAAGUGUUGUAGGGGUAGAAGUACUAGUCGAGCUAGUUGUCGAGCUGCUUGUCGACUGGCUAGUUGUAGAGCUGGUAGUCGAUGUUGUCACAGGACUCGUUGUUGCCGUAGUUGAGGCGCUGGUAGUAACUGAGCCAGUCGUCCAAGAGCUUGUUCCUGAAGACGCAGGAGUGGUGGUCGAGAAAGUGGUGGAAGAGGUCGAGGUUGUCGGUGUAGAUGUCGUUAAACCAGAAGUUGAGGUCGUUGAGAUACUGCUCGUAGUAGAAACACUAGUUGAAGUCGUCGAAGAGGAGCUGACAACUGUUGAGAAUGUAGUGGUGGUACUGCUCGUUGAAGGAGAAGUCGUGGAAGCAGAGGUGGUCGAGGGAGUGGUGGUGGUCGAGGAAGUAGUAGUCGUCGAGGGAGUGGUGGUAGUAGAUGGAGUGGUGGUGGUCGUGGAAAGCGUGGCGGAUGUAGAAACCGUGGUGCUGGAGGAGGAUGUUGUUGAACCAGUGGAAGAGGAGGAUGAAGUCGUGGACGUGGUCGGGUAUGACGAGCUUGUUGUGGACAAGGAAAUCAUUGAAGACGUUGUGGAGUCAGAUGUGGUUGAUGUCAAUGACGGCGAGGAUGUAGACGUAGUCGUCACUGAAGAGCUGACGGUCGUUCCUGUAGUGCUUGGACUGAAUGUAGAAGAGCUGGACGAUGUCAAACUCGUGCCCGAGGUGGUAGGAGCAGUGGAAGAGCUCUGGCCAACACUGGAGGUCGUCGCUGUCGUCUCAGUCGUGGCUGUCGUAGUUCCCGAGGUACUUUGGCUUGAUCCAGAUGUGGUAGUUGUCGAGGUAGCUGAACUGCUGGUUGCCGGUGUUGUACUUGUAGAAGAUGGCGCCGUGGAGGUUGUAGACAUACCGGUAGAGUCAGUGGUUGUCGUAGUCGCCGCGGUAGUGGUAGAAAGAGUUGAUGUUGAAGACGAGCCACUUGUAGUAGGGAUUGACGUGGUAGAUGUCGACUGUGAUGCGGACGAGGUAGUGCUGGUGGGGCUGGCUGAUGUUGUGCUGCUUCCAGUGCUUGUUGAGCUACCUGUUGUCUCAGUCGUGGACGUCGGUGCGGUUGUAGUAGUAGUAGUAGGUGAAACCUGGCUAGAGGUAGUAGUACUCGAGGUCGCCACAGUACUGGUGCUAGUUGACGAGGUUCCUGCGGUCGUUGAAGUGAUCGAAGUGGAGCUCGUCACGCCAGAUGUUGUAGAGGACGGAGUAGUGGUGCUACCAGAGGACGUUCCGCUCGUGGUUGACACGGAAGAGGUUGAUCCGGUGCUCGUUGUGCUUCCCGUGCUUGGAGAACUUGUGCUGGAUCGAACUGUAGUAGCUGUCGAAGAUGUCCUAGACUGCGAAGUCGAUCCAGUUGUACCUCGGCUGCUGCCACCCGAAGUGGUCGCGGAAUUGGUCGUAGUGGUCGUCGCGGCAGACGAAGCUGUAGAAGACGGUGUCUCCGAGGAGCUGGUCACUGUUGUCGAAGACGUGGAAGACUCACUUGUGGAACUGGCUGUCGUCGAAGAGCCUGUGGAGGACUCACUUGUGGAAGUGGGAACUGACGAGGUGGUGCUUUCACUCGUGGUUUGGCUCGAUGAACUGGCCAUCGUUGUCGAAGCUGUGGUGGACUCACUUGUGGAAGUAGGAAUUGAUGAGGUUGUGCUACCACUCGUGCUGUCAGUUGAAGAGCUGGUUACCGGGCUAGUUGUGGUUUGUGUGGAGGUUUCACUGGAUGAUGCGGUUGAAGUGGCCGUGCUCGACGUAACUGGCGUUGUGCUGGUGACGGUGGUCGUAGCAACAGUAGUGGACCUGGUCGUGCCACUUGAUGACUGCGAACGGGUCGUGGUGGUCGACGAACCCCUAGAUUUGGUGCCAGUUGUGCAGCUAGUGCUAGAGGUACGAGUUCGAGUUGUCCAUGUGGCCGAGGACGAUGAGGACGACGUUGGCACUUUGGAGGUCGUUGUAGUCUGCCCAGAUGAGGAACUUGGUGUCGAGCUACUGCUGCCAGGUGUUGUGCUACUUGUUGAUCCGACAGUCGACGUGGGCGAAAUGGUAGUUUCUGAAGUUGUGGAGGACCCAGAGCUUGACAUUGUGCUGGUGCUUGCGGUGGUUGUGGAUGCGCCAGCCGUUGUGCUGCUGGUGCUAGUACCCAAUACGGACGAGCUGGUACCUUCUGAAGUUGUGGAAGUUCCGGAACUUGAUCCAGUGCUUGUAGUAGUCGAGGUGGUUGACACGCCAGCCGUUGUGCUGCUUGUGGAGCCAGUGCUCGGAGUGGGCGAAGUGGUGGAGGAGAUUUCGGAAGUUGAUCCCGCGGUUGUAACCGCAGUAGUCGUUGACACAACAGCGGUUGUGCUGCUUGUGGAGACAGAGCUGACGGUUGACGAAGAUGCCGCUGGAGUAGUGGAGGUUCCGGAUGUGGAAUCCGUUGAAGUCGUCACCGAGCUGGAAGAUGUGCUAGAUGUACCUGCUACGGUAGAAGACGUAAUCGCUGUAGAGGUCGAACUCGUUACCCUACCCGAUGAUGUCGUCGAGGACGAUCCUCUGCCAUUCGAGGACGUGGUCGUUGUAGCAGAUGUUGUGCUGUGA